AUGAGUGCUCUCGCCCGGCUCGAGAAUGAGCUGGCUCAGCGCCAAGAUGACCUCGCCACCUGCCACGAGAUGCUGGCCCUCGAGCCCGACUCGGCCGACGCGCUCGAAUCCAUCCCCCUCCUCGAAGCAGACAUCGCCGACCUGAAGGCCCAGAUUGCCGCACACAAAGCCAAACAGAGCGCCGCCUCUCCCACUCCUCCUCCUCCUCCGCCACCGAGCGAUGCCGCAGCCUUACCACCUCCACCGCCGCCAGCAGCGGAAGAGCCCGUGGCAGUCUUCAAUGUCAAGGAUGUGGUCAUGGCCAAGUUCUCCGAGGACAAGCAAUGGUACCAAGCCACCAUCGUCACCAAGACCGGCAGCUCCACCGAUCCCGUGUACAAAGUGACCUUCAAAGGCUACGGCAACACCGAGACGAAGCGCAAGCACGAGAUUCGCGCCAUCGUCGAAAACUCCAAGAAGCGCAAAGCAGAUGGUCCGCCGGCCGGGAACAGCUCUUCAUCUACCACUACGCCUGUCAUCAAACCCAUAUCGAACGUUGCGCAAAACGGCAGCGUCAUCUCCGCCGCUGCCUCGGUCGACACGACUCUGGUCAAGAAGCGCGAGCCGAGUAAAGUCAGCGAUGGGCCGACGCGCUUGCCGCCGGAGCCGAAGAAGUUGAAGGGGAGCAAGCCGCUCGAGAAAGCGAAGAGCAGCUGGCAGGAUUUCCAGAAGAACGGGCCGAAGAAGGGAGGAGCAGGGAUGGCGAAGCAAAUGGCAAAAGAUAGCCAGUUCCGCACGCCUGAUCUGCCCGGCGCAAAAGUCGGAUUCACUGGAUCGGGCAAAGGCAUGCAAAAAGACCAGGCGCGCAAGACGUGGAAGUAUGGUGCUCAAGACGCCGAGGACGAGUAG